GUCCCUACACCACAGAUUCUGUUCUUCUUUUCAGGAGAACUUCAAAACUUUUGUGGUUUUAAGUUCAUUUCACUCUUCUCUACCAAGUGAGGGGAUUUGAAUUUGAAACUGGAUCUGUUUUACUAUUUGAACUUGAGAUUUUUUAUUUUUAUUUUGUUAAAGAAGAGUGUCGACUGUGUCGUGUUUACCCUUUUUGCAGUUAGGUGAGAAGUUGAGCUUUAUAAGCUUUUACCAAUCUGGUUCUGGUUUUUGAAUAUAUAAAGAACAGUAUGACAAUUGAUCCCUUCAAUUACAACACGAAAUGCAGAACAAAUUUUGCAAGUAAGAAGAUGGAGGAAGGAGAAGAGAAGGGAAAUCUGAGAACUGUGGAGUGUCUAAGAGGGAGACUGCUUGCAGAGAGGCAAGUUUCAAGGUCUGUAAAAGAUGAAGCAGACCUCAUUACCAGAAAGAUGGAAGAGCUGGAGAAAAAUCUGAAAGAAGAGAUCAGAUUAAGGGAGAAAGCAGAGAAGAGACUAAAGUUUCUGAUGAAAAAGCUUGAAUCCAUAAAAGGGUCUCGCAGUUCUGAAGGAUCAGAGCAGUUGAGUUCAUCUGAAGUUUCUUGUUUAUCAUCGGUUUCCACCUCAGCAUCCAAGGAAGAAGGAGAAGAAAAAGAAACUCAUGGAAAUGGAUUUGUUGAGGAAGAAAACAUUGAUCAAGAAACUGAAAAUGUUGCCUCCGUGGAAGAAGAAAAAGAAGAGUUAAGUUCAAAGAUCAAAGAUGUUUCUUCUGGUGAAGAAAGUGUUGUUGCUUCAACCUCAAGUCAUGAAGCAGAAUCACAGGCUAGUAAUGACUUUUCUUGAGUUCAAGAAUCAAGGAUAUCCAAAACUCAAAUAACCUUGAUUGAGAACCGUUUCUCUGAGGUUGGAUCCUGAAGCUACAGUUUAAAAUACUAUAGUUUAAUACUUUUGUGGAAGUUCUUGAUGGGUACAAGGAGAAUGGAGAGAGAGAGGAAGGAGAAGGGCAUGUGAUCAUAAAGGGAUUAAUUAGGCUUUCGGAGACCUUUGAGUUUGACAGUAUUAAAUUCAAAGUGUUAGUAGAGAUGGGGAGGACAACAAGACACACACAUGUCUCUUUCUUCUUGUGUCUUUUGUGAUCAAAGAAAGAAAAUGACGUUUCUUCUUGAAAAUUAUGAUGUGACUGAAUAAAGGAAGCAGUAUACUUUACUAUU